CCACGUUUGUUAUGAAAUAUCGACUGAUGAAAUAUGGAAAAAUAAAAUAAUUGGUGUGUAUAUUUACGAGUUUUCUUAAGUUUUAAUUUAAGUUAAAGGAUACCAGUACCAUAAUGAGAAAUUUAAGACUUUUAGAUGCCCGUCACUGUGUAGGAGAUUAUCUGGAGAAUAUCAGAUGUAUUAGUAUUGAUAAUGAUACUGGUAUUGUUUAUGCAGCUAGUCAGUUUAUUGUAUCAGGGAUUGAUUGUAAUACUGACAAGAUUUGUCAUCAGGUAGAUAUAUGUAAUAAUAGUACAGAUAUAAAGAUAGAAGGUGACGGUAUUGUAGCUAUUCAAUUUAUAGCUGAUUUACAGACUGUUUGUAUUGCUACAGUAGAUGGUACACUGUUACAGUGGUCAGUUUUUAACAAUGAGUUAGAAGAAGUGGGAUGUGUAUCUUGUGGUAUUAAGGGAAUGUGUUGGAGUCCUGAUUUAGAAUUAAUUAUACUGACAACAGGUGAUGAGACAUUUAUUUUAAUGACCAGAGAAUAUGACCCAGUAUUGGAGACAUCUUUACAUUCAGAUGAAUUUGGUGAUGCUGCCUUUGUAACUGUUGGUUGGGGAAAAAAAGAGACACAAUUCCAUGGUUCAGUAGGAAAAGGUGCAGCUAAAGAGAAACGAGUGGAAGUAAAACCAGUUCAAAAAUGGGAUGAUUUAAAGGCAAGAGUAUCAUGGAGGGGAGAUGGUCAGUUCUUUGUUACAUCAAUAAUUAACAGACAGUCUGGAGCUCGACAACUUCGUGUUUGGUCAAGGGAAGGUACUCUACAUUCAACAAGUGAGCAGGUGGAUGGUUUAGAACAGUCAUUGGCUUGGAGACCUAGUGGAAGCUUGGUUGCAUCAGCACAAAGAAGUGCAAAUAAACAUGAAAUUGUUUUCUUUGAAAAGAAUGGUUUACGUCAUGGAGAGUUUACAUUGGCAUUUGGUGAAACCAAUAUAAAGGUUGAAGAAUUAUUGUGGAAUGUUGAUUCAACUGUUUUAUGUGUCUGGUGUAAAGAACUUCCUACAUCAGGAUCAGACGAUAAUUUUAAACCCAAAUCAUAUGUUCAAUUGUGGACUGUCAACAACUACCACUGGUACCAGAAACAGUCACUUGAGUUUGAUCCAGAUCAGAAGGUGUCAGCAAUUCAAUGGGACCCAGAACAUGCAUAUCGUCUACAUAUGACAACAAGUGGAAGGCACUAUCAUCAAUAUACAUGGUCCUGGACAACCAACUGUUCAUCAGGUGGAAUUGAAACUGAUAUGGCUACUUGUGGAGUUAUUGACGGAAAUAAAGUUUUGGUUACACCAUUUAGAACUAUGGUUGUUCCUCCACCCAUGUCUGCAUAUAAUUUAGAUGUUCAUGCAGCAGUUGAUCAAGUAGUAUUUUGUCAGGAUGAAAAUAGUAAUGAUAUAGCUGUUUUAUUACAAAACAAUACACUAGCUAUUUAUACAUUUAAUGAGGAAAAUAAUAUAGAUAUUUGCAAAGCUGUAACUAUGGCAUCCGCCGGUGGUACUGGUUUUACAGUUAAGUGUAAAAUUCCUUCAUAUCAAGGUUUAUAUAGUUUUGAAGGAUUUGAUGUUGAUAAAUAUCCGCUAAACAUAUAUCACCUAUUGUGGAUAAAAUCUGAUGUGUUUAUAUGUUGUUGUGUCAAUCUAGAUAAUAAUACUUCUACACUAUUUAAAUUUCAACUAGAUACUACAAAGAAUCAGUUAAAAAUAAGAAACAAAAUUGAAGUAGAAAAUUAUGUUUAUAAUGUAUGUAAUUGUUUACGACCACAACAUGUAGCUGUUCAACUUAUUGAUGGUACAGUACUCAAGUAUGAUUCAGAAAAUGACACUUUGUUGCCGUGGGAAACCCCUGAUGCUAUGGAAAUGAAAUUCCCAUCACCAUGUUCUACAAUAGCAGUUUGCCAAAUCAGUGGACUGGAAGUAAUAAUUGGUUUAACAGAUAGAUAUCGUUUCUAUGUUAACAACGUGGAGGUGGCAUCUAACUGUACAUCAUUUGCUAUACAUACAGACUUCUUAUUAUUAACAACUUUAAGUCAUACAUGUCGCUGUAUAAGUUUAAAUACCAAAUUAAAAGAUUUACCAAGUUUAUCAGAUGGUAAAGAACAUCCAUUUGAUGAAUCUAUACGUCGUGUUGAAAGAGGUUCUCGUAUUGUAUUAGUUGUACCGGAUGAUACUAAACUUAUUCUACAGAUGCCUCGUGGUAAUCUUGAAGGAAUUUAUCCUAGAGCUUUAAUACUUUCAGCUGUUAGACAUUAUCUUGAUAGAAUAAAGUUUAAGGAAGCAUUUACUACAAUGAAGAAACAUCGUAUUAAUAUGAAUUUAAUAUAUGAUCAUAAUCCACAAAUAUUUCUUAAGCAUGUUGAAGAUUUUGUAACACAAAUAAACAGUGUAAAUGACUUGAACAUCUUCCUAACUGGAUUACAAGAUGAAGAUGUAACAGUUACUAUGUAUACAGCUGCUUAUCAAAAACAACAUGUAAACUGUGAUACAACAUCUAUUUUGCAACCCUCAAUAAGUAAAGUAGAUAUUAUAUGUGAUGCUGUACGAGCUACAUUAAAUAAACUUAAUCCAGAUAAAUUUUUAUUGUCUAUAUUAACAACAUAUGUUAGAAAGAAGAAAGCCGAGUUAGAAGCUGCUCUAGAACUGAUAAGACAUCUAAAAGAAAAUUCUAAUAAAAAUACUACAGUAAGUGCUGAAGAAGCAUUGAAGUAUCUCCUGUUUUUAGUUGAUGUUAAUGAAUUGUAUAAUGUAGCUUUAGGAACAUAUGACUUUGAUCUGGUUAUGAUGGUGGCAGAAAAAUCACAAAAGGAUCCAAAAGAGUAUAUCCCGUUUUUGAAUGAUUUGCGUCGAAUGGAGGAUAAUUAUAGAAAAUAUAGUAUUGAUAAACAUUUAAGAAGGUUCCAAAAGGCUCUUAAACAUAUCAGUAAAUGUGAAUCUAGUCAUUUCUCUGAAUGUCUGAUGUUAGUGGAGGAUCAAAAAUUAUAUGUGGAAGCUCUGAAGUGUUUCGACAGGUCAUCUACUGCAUACAAGCAAGUGGCAAUAAACUAUGGUAAUUAUUUAUUAGAGAAGAAUCGUCACGAUGAAGCAGGUGUUAUGUUUGUAAAAGCUGAAGAAUGGAAAUCAGCAUUAGAUGCUUUUACCGUUUGUAAGAACUGGCGCCAGAUGUUCUGUAUGACAGCUAGAUUAGGUUAUACAGCGGAUAAAGAAGCAGAACUAGGACGUAAAAUAGCAGAACAAUUAAAAGACAAUAGAAGACAUUCAGAAGCAGCAGUUAUAUUUGAACAAUAUGUCAUGGAUAUAGAGGAAGCUAUUGUUACUUUAGUUGAAGGAAAUGAAUGGGAUGAAUCUCUUAGAAUGAUGUACAGAAAUAGAAGAACAGAUUUUAUUGAGACUCAUUUAAAGCCAGCUUUAGAAGAUAAAUAUAAUCAGGAAAUGGAAUCAUUAGAAUCACUUCAGACACAGUUUAUAAAAUAUAGAAAUAGGUUGAAAAUUGUUAGACAUAAUAAAGAGAGAGAAAGAUUAGAAAUAUUAGAAGGAGGUGUACCGGUAGGGGCAGAUGCUGAUUUAUUCUCUGAUACAAGUAGUGCUGCUGGUGAGAGUGUUCAUUCACGAUACACAUAUGAUUCUUCCCGUUCUACUGUAUUCAGUAAAAUGACAGGGAAAUCACGUAAAAAGGGUUCAGUUAAAAAAUGGAAUUUAAAAGAAGGAAGUUCUAAUGAAGGUUGUGCAUUAAUUGAAGCUUUAGCUAAAAUUAUCACAUCAGUUACAGGAUUUAAAGAUGAUAUGAAUCUAUUAUUAAAGAUAUUAGUAGAGUUUUAUUAUGAUGAUGAAGCUAGUAAACUACAGGAGAUGUAUGAUAUGUUUCUAUCAGUAAUAGAUACUAGUAUACCAGAAAUCUGGUUAAACUCAACCGAUACUUCUAAUACUGAUACUGUAUUGGGACCAAAUACAACAUCUAAUGCCAUAGCUCAGGCUGUGCAACAAGGAAAACAAGUAAACAGCCCUGGUGAGAAAAUAGAGCCGAUAUUGAUUGUUCCACCACAGAUAAAGAAAGACAUUCGAUGGAAACUUCACAUGGUUCAAAAAACUGACACAUCUUGACAAUAGAUAAUUGUACUCACUUGAAAACUUGUAAAAGGAAAAUGUUUAUAGAAAUAUUCCUAUGUAAAUUAAUAUAAAUACAAUAUACCAUA